AUGGAGACCGUAAGCUCGCCAGGCUCGUUCCCCAGACAGGAUGUGUCUGCGCGGUACAUCAUGCGUGCGAAGCUCCAAGCUCUUCUGGAACGGUUGUUUCCCAAUCAACCCGACCUGAACUUCGAUAUUAGAAUCGCUGACGAUGUUUGGUCUUUUGAUGCUCCACGAAAGGUGACAGAGGCUGAGCUUGAGUAA